UGUUUUGAUUGUGGUUUGGGUUCGUGUAGAAGAGGAGGUGGCCUGGCUUUAACGCUUUCGUGUUUUAGCAUUUUGUUUUUUAUUUUUCUGACACAAUCUGUUAAUUCAAAGUAAACUAGAGUUUAUAGUUUCAGACAGUUUUGCUCAUAAUCCGUGACAUUUGAAGCUUGUCGCAUAUUUUUGUAUAUAAAUGUUGCACACAAGACUGAGUAAUAAGAUUGUAUUUGUCUUACAGGUUCACUUUUAGCCUUUGUUUUCUGUGAUGGAAACCAAUGAAGAAGAGUGUGAGAAAUGUGAGACUGCUGAACUUUCACAAGAGACUGACAAUGCGACAUCACUACAUGAAAGAGGACACAAAGUGGGUGAGCUUCGCACUCUGCUCUCAGAUGCUGGAGUUUAUUCAUAUGCUGCAAUCUGUGCCUUGGCUCUUCACGAACUAUUUGACAAUGAGUGGGAUCAGAAGUUUAAUCAACAAUGUAUAAAACUGAUCCUUGAACAUCUGCAUUUACCUAAGCAGGUUGAAGCUGUGAUGAUUACUCUGAUUGAGGGUGAGGGAAGUCAGUCACCUGAUGCUUAUGUGGAAUUAUUGAUGAGUGAACCAGCACUUAAUGGAAAACCGUUGUUGGUCAUAGAGGAUCUUAUAAUGCUAGCUGUUCAUGGAGGAGAGUAUGAUGCCAGAAUGCGUGUUCUAAUCCGCCAUGUUGCCAAACUGCUGGAUGUACCAUUGGAACUUGUUGAUUUGCUUGAGGAAUCAGCUGUGGACUAUCUGACAGAUGACCAAAAGGAACUUACUGAAGAUGAGAAGAAAGAGCUAGGUCGGCGUCAGCGUAAAAAGAAAAUAAAACGUUAUGCUCUAAUAGGCUUGGCAACACUUGGUGGUGGAGCUGUGUUGGGACUCACUGGAGGUUUGGCAGCAGCUCCUCUUAUUGGUGCUGGUGUUGGCACAUUUCUUGGAGGAGCCAGUGCAGCAGCUCUUGGGUCCACGGCUGGCAUAGCCAUUAUUGGCUCCCUUUUUGGAGUAGCAGGAGCAGGUCUGACAGGAUUCAAAAUGAGAAAAAGGGUUGGUGAGAUUGAAGAAUUUGCUUUUGGAUAUCUGACACCAUCAAACCCAGAUGAAUCUGAUGAGGCAGAUGAGGCAGAUGAGGCAUAUGAGGUAGAAAGGCCAGAUAACGGAACAUCAUCAGUUCCUAGUGUUACCAGCAAGGAUGUUAGUGCGCAGAUCGUUACACAACAGCUUCACAUCACCAUUGCCAUAUCUGGUUGGCUGUGUGAUGACCGCCAUGACAACUUCAUCCGGCCAUGGAGAUCCCUGUUUAGUUCAAGGGAACAGUAUUAUCUCCGUUAUGAAUCUGCUUAUCUCCUUGAGUUAGGGAAAGCAAUGGAUUUAAUUCUCAGUUUUGCUGUUUCCAUGGCUGCACAAGAGGCACUGAAAUACACAGUGUUGGCAGGACUUAUAAAUGCGAUAGCAUGGCCAUCUUCCCUUAUCACUCUUGCAUCAGUAAUAGACAAUCCAUGGGGUGUAUGCUGUCGUCGAUCUGCUGAGGUUGGGAAACAGUUGGCUGAGGUUCUCCUAUCUCGGGAACAAGGACAGAGACCAGUCACACUCAUCGGUUUCAGUCUGGGUGCACGAGUCAUUUAUUAUUGUCUCCGGGAGAUGUCACAGCGAGACAGAUGUGAAGGAAUAAUACAGGAUGCCAUACUGCUGGGAACACCUGUGACAGGUGCUCCCAAAGACUGGCAGAAGCUAAUGAGAGUUGUGUCUGGAAAGAUUGUUAAUGGUUAUUGCAGGAGUGACUGGCUGUUAAAAUUCUUGUAUCGUACGCUCUCCAUGUCUAGUGACGUAGCAGGAUUACAACCAAUUGAUGUGCAGGACCGGCGAAUGUACAAUAUUGAUCUGAGUGAUAUUGUUUCUGGUCACAGCGAGUAUCCAGAGAAGAUUGAUGCUAUACUUAAAGCUGCUGGAGUCAGAACUCGGGAUGAUGUCAAACAGCUUGAGUCAAAACUUAAAAAAUCUUCAUCUGAUCUUCCAGGGUUUGAACAAAGGAAGAUUUCGCUACUUUCUUUAAGGCCUUCAAAAUCAGAGAAGUCAUUGCACCAGAAGCUUUCUGAUGAAUCUUCCAGUGCUGACUCAACAUCAGUGUCUGCAGCAGAAACAUCAUUAAUGAGUGUGGAAAAUACUGUAGUUAUUUCUGGGACUGCUGAAGCAAGUACUGAUUUGUCUGGAGCUGCAAGUCUUGACACCCUUGAGCACACAACAGAAACAGCAGAUGAUGUUGUAGAAGCUACGUUACGACCACAAAAAUCAGCAGAUGGAGAUGAAGGUUAACAAACAAACAAAAAAAUAAACAAACAUACCAUUCCACAGACACAAUGAACCUCAUCAAAUACCUCAUAUAAUUCCAAGUUAAAAAUGCACAUUGUUAUAUAAGGAUGUGCAAGGAUGUGCAAACAGUAGAGUUCUGAAUUAUUUGUUGGUGCUAACUUUGUUUCUGUUGAACUCUCAGUGCAAUGCUAUUGAAAAUUUUAUUCUCUGGAGCUAUUUGCUUGUUAAGAGCUAUGUACUGGGUAUAGACACUUUUAGUCAAUAUAAUGUUUAUCAUUUUGUAGGUCUGAGGUACAUCUAAAAAUGUUUUGUAUGGUACCAAAUGAGUUAUCAUUUUUCAUCAGCAUCCUCUAACAAACGGAACUUGACCACUUGACCCAUUCCUACCUCAUCUGUCUGGUAACCUCUUCAGAGGUCCUCUUUGGUUCCUUCUUUGUGUGGUUUAUAGUAUUAUAAUUUUAAACAUCUCUUUCUUUGCAAUCUGUCAACAUAUUUAAUCAAACUGACUUUACAUUUUUUUUAAAUUUUGUUCAAUAUGGUUUCUCUUUGUAAUUGUUUUAUAACCCAUAUAAGUGUAUUUUGUCACUGGUUUCAUAAAUUUCAUUUCAGCAGUUGUAGUCUUGUUCAUAGAAUUUUUUGAGCACAAUCAUGGAGUGUAAAGGAAAUAUAGUAGAAUUUACCAAAUAUAAGGAUAUAAUGAGUCAGGAAAUAAAUUGUGAACCUGUGAUUUGGUAUGAAAACACUAGGCUGUCCUUGGUGUUUUUAGUAGGCAGUGCAGUUCUGCUUUUAAAAGAAUUUAUCCAUGAAUAUAGGAAAAUAUCAGAUGUUAAUACACAUGACACAAGUGGGGAUGUUAUAAGAAUGGGCUUGAGUUUUUUUUUUUGCCGUUACUGAACUAUUUUUCUCCAAAAUGUAAUUAUUUGAUACUUUAUAAAACAGAAUUUAGGAACCACACUUGUAUUUGGGGGAUUAUUUGUAACAAUUUAGUGUGCUAAUGUACUUUGUACGUAGAGGAGUAAGUAUCUUACUGUUGUUAAGGAUGAAGCAAUGUUUGGAAUCAAACAGGAAGGCCUUUGUGCUGAAGUCUGAGGAUCACUGCAUUAGUAUCUGAUGAUUGUAGAUUUAUAUGUAUUGUUUACGUUUAACAUUCAUCUGUGUUGCUUCAUAGCUAAUUGCAAAAAAAAAAUGCUAACAGCAUUGAAUACAUUCAGUGAAUUGAGUAAGAGCACAUGAAGAAUUCAAAACCAGCUAAAUAGAAAGUAGCAGCAUAAGUUCUUAAGACAGUUUAACUCCAUGAGACAAGGUCUUCUUGGGCACUGAUACUAAUGGAGCUCUUUUCUUGUUUUAAAUCUAUUGUGUGUCUGGCACAGCCUACUUUCUUGAUUAGAUUACAUGUAGGAAAAAGUGUGCAAUGUUUCUUAUUAAAUUUUUUUUUGUCUCCUGUUGCUUUUGGUACAGAAUACAGUUUCAAAAAUAUAUGUGCAUUGUUCUUAUAGAUUUGGGAUUUUUACUGCUUGCACAUCCUAGAAAAAUAAAGUUUGUUUUAAAUGAACUGAUUUAUUUCUGGUUCAUUAAUAAAGGUUUUAAUAGCUGAGACACUGAGAUGUCAAGUGAUAAGGUGAUUAAUAAUGAAUUGUAAAGGAUGUGGAAGGAAGUGGUUAUGGCCUAAUUUAAACUGCUGUUCCAGCAUACCUGGAGAGGCUAAGGAAAACCACAAAAGUCAUCAACCAGGAUAGCAGCUUAUAGGCCAAGAUUUGAACUGGAAACCUCCAAAUAUGAAGCAGUAGUGUGAUCCACACUACUGCAAUAUUUGGUUACAUGGAUUUAUUGAUGAUAAUUUGAUAUUUGAAAAGUCUGAUUUGUCUUCCUUCAUUCUGCUGGUAAAAAAUGUAUGUGUACUUUAAUAACCUUGUAGCAUGGAUGUAUUUGGUCUCUUUGUGGAAGAUGGGUUUUCAACACGCAAAAGACUGUUGAAUUACACUGUGCAACAACUGUAUUUUAAUAUGUCUUAAUGUAGUCAGCAUGCACAGGAAAAGAGUGGCAUAUUCUGACACAUUCCUGGUCAAGUUUCACCUAAAUUAAGAACAGUCUCAUUAAUAUAUGGCCUGUGUCCCAAAGAAUGAUUUUUACAAGGACCUGUUAUGUAGUUUGUUUUAUCAUGCUAUCACAGAUGGGACUAACAGAAAGGCUGCCCUGAAACUAAUAUCAUACAUUUAUCCAGUUCUUGUAAAGUUGUUUUGCUAAAUAAGAACAGUACUUCAGAUGAAGGUAUGUGAUACAGCUAGGCACACAUUAAACUGUGCAGUAUUAUGUUAAACCAAUAAGAUGCUAACAUUUAUAAAAUGUUUGUGCUCCAGAGCAGUGUUUUCCAACUGUUCCCUUGGUGCUAACAUGAUCUCUACUCCAUUAGAGUCUCAGGCAUCCUUCUGGGCACUUUUAAGUAUUAAAGAAGAAUGAAUAUCAUCUGAUUGCCCCAUGCGAUACUAAUAAUCGUCCAUGCAAUCUUCAUUUUACUAUCAAUCUAAAGUUUGCAACACUGCUUCAGAGUAAUUGAUGUGGAAUGUAUAACAGUGAAGAAUAUUUUGGAAUAUAACAUAGUUGAGUGAUCAUAUUUAAUAGUCAAAGUCGCUGAAGAACAAAAUUAUUAUAACAUUUAUAAAGUAAAGAUACAUUGGUUUAAGAAUGUAAAUAGUCAUGGUUGAUGUGUAAUUUAGGCUUUCAGAUUUUAGUUGUGGUGUAUGUUGAAGGUGAUCCCAUGUUUCAGCAUACAGCAGUCACCAUCUCAAAAAAGUAAAUGAGACAAAAGGAGGAUACAGCCUGAUACUUAAAUCUAACAGCGAAGUAAGGGUAGAGGUGUGGAGCAUGAUGGUAGCUAAUGGGAGGGGAUCUUGUAUAAAGAAAGUUUGGAGGAAAACAGGAAUAUAAGACUUCACUCAGCCCACAGGCACCAUCAUGGUUGAUGUUAUGAAAUAAUAUAAAAAAAUUAUUACAGACUGAAAAAAAAUGCUGUAUCCACACAGGGUAGAUGGAAAAGGGAGACAGAAGGUACAGGAGACUUCUUCCACAUUGUGAACUCUUCUGUGAGCAUAUGACAUGCAAACUCUCCAAUCAUUAUCUUUGUCCACAUCAAUUUUGCAUUGAGAAAAAUCACAGUGUGUGUGAAAUAUUAACCUUUGUGUCAUUAACCUUUGUCAUUUGUUAAUCACACUAAUACAAUUGUAUGUGCAUGGGACCAUCAGUCCCGAUGAGGCCUAAUGUCAUGUGGCUUUCAUUACAUUAUCACCAAGUUAAAAUCCAGCUGCCAGUACCGUAAUGCCAAGAUGUCUAAAUAUUCUAUUCCUGGACUAUGAAGAUUGAAAAUUAGGGUAUCUUUCAUCCUUAUAAAGUACAUCCUCUUUUCUAUAUUAUCAUGGUAUCAUGUGUCACAGUUGCAUGGGGAGCACUGUUGCUUUUUAUUCAGGAGGUCUUGUGUUCACAUCUCAGCCUAGAGACUGGCUGUUCUAACCAAGGCUUUUCAUGGUUAUUCCUCAGUUCCUCCAGGCAAUAUUCUAACGGCAUCUGAAAUUAUGCCAUGAUCACUUCCUUUCGUAUCCUUUCCAUUUCAUUAUUUACCAAUGACCCUGUCAUUUGAUGCUAUUUGAGUUCUUGAAAUCAUCAUUAAAUCAACCAAGAAUACAUCCUAGAAUUCACAUGUCUUUUGUGCAUGAGGUAAAAUCAUGCUACCUUUGAAAGUGACAACGGAUAUUGGUAUCAUUCUCAUUACAGAGCUUAAGGGCACCGUAAAUAGUGGGGGAGCACAAUGAAAUGUAGCUGGUUGCCAGUGGGUUAAUAACCAAUUAAUCUAACAGUCGUUUACUCUAGAAAAUAACUGAUUUUAUUACCUCAGUUUUUUUAAUGGCCAAACCAAGAACUUUUGCUCUGAUUCAAACAGGACAGAAAGUUUAUUCUUUAAAUGUGAGUUUUAUAUAGGUGAAAUAUAUAAAUGUGAUCACUGUGACUUAUAAACUUCUUUAGUUUUUGAUUGAGGAACAUUAUCGUUAAUAUUCUGAAGGUUAAAAUAUAUUUUACUGAACUUGAAGGUGCAAACAAAAUACAUAUCAUAGUUAAGGAAAGUUUUAAAAUAAUAAAGUAAAUAAAAAUAUUGAGGGAACUGCAUUUUCAAUUUCAGAUUUUAUUAUUAAUCAGAAAGCUGAUAUUGACAAUAUCUUUCCCUUUGGCCUUUGAAACUAGCCCUUAGUUCUUCAGCAUAGGUAUUUGUAAACUACGUGCUUUAUAGGUUCCUGGUCCAGUGAAAAUUAACUACCAUUUGGCUUAAAGAGAAGUCAUAGAAGGACCUAGAGAAUGUGUUGUAGCUUAAAAUUUCGAAGAUGGUUUGUAUGAAAUAUAGAUAUUAAAGAAGUUAUUGUUGUAUAGGUUAAUGGCCUACAUGUCAGAAUUACUUCAUUCAUAGACAUAUGUGAUCAUGAAGUAUUGCAGGAAGAAAAGCAUUUCACUUUACACUGAUUGCAGAACCUUACACUUUUGUUUCAAGAAGAGUACACUGCAACAGUCACUUGUAUUUUUGUAGUAUAUAAAUAUAGAUAGCUAUUUUGCAUAAUAUAUUGUAGUAUUUUUGAGAUGGCAUGUAUAUUUUUAAUAGCUAUUUGCCAGUGCAUUAUAGUUGAAACAAAACAUAUCAGAACAUUCCUUCCUAAUAUAAUGAAGAGUAUCUUAUUCUGCAAUUUGUAUAUUUGGAAUCAUAAAAUGUGCUUAUGAAUUCAGUAUCUGAAGAAACAAUCACAAUUACUUGAGCUGUUGUAAUGCUUGUUAUAUGGCUUUGUUGUAUAUAUAGGGUAUUUUGUGGUAUUGUUUUGCAGUAUCUUGUUGCACUGUGUGUUCCAUUUUAGCACACUUACUCCACCAUCCCUGGGCAACUUCAUCCAUAUAUUAAAAUUCACAUUUCAGAGGCUCUUUAUAUCUUCUUACUAUUUAUUUGACAAUACAUGUUUUGGCCUGAGUGGCCAUAAUCAGGUGUAUAAGAUCAUAGAUGAAAACAACUGUUCUAUUGUUACACUGUUGUAUUUUGCAUUUUACAAUAACAAGAAAUGCUUAUAAAUGUUUUAAGUUAUUUUUUAGACUAUCAUGCUAUGGUUACUUCACCUCAUGACUCAAGGUACGCGGGUUCAAACCUGGCGGAGGUUGUGGAAUUUUUAAGGGC